UGCCUGUUUAUCUAGCAGAGUUUGAUUCGUCUUGCCAUUGAAAGAAAUAGAAAUUAGUAGUCGAAAUGCCUUCAAACGCCAUCUCAAGAACUGUUUAGUUUGGAGUUAGAUCGUAAAUCUGCUGAGCAAAGUUGCGCUAGAAAGGGUUAUUGGCUGUUUUAAACUGAUGGCUUUCUUCCCUAUUAAUACUACAAACUCGACAGUGCCUCCCGCGCCUGAUAACAGGAGCAACCCGACAUUAUCCACAGCCAACCAAAAUGGUAUGUCUGAGCUUACGUCAUCUGAAGGUACUUCUCCGAGACCGCGAAAUGAAAGUUCCAGAAAUCAGUCGCAAGGCGGUGGAGGUGGAGUUAAACCUUUGGAGUUCAAAGCGGCAAUGCACGAUUUUGGAGUCAUGUUUCCCACUUUGGAUCCAGAAACGAUUGAGACUGUCCUAAGAUCAAACAAUGGAGCAGUGGAUGCAACGAUAGACCAAUUGCUAGAAAUGUGUGACUCUUUUGGCGUUGAGAAGUCUACUAGAGGAACAAAAUCGUCAUCACAAACCAGAAACAGAACCCAAAACAACCAGCCGAACCCCAAUUCACUAGCGGUUGAUAAUGUGGAUUCGUACAACAUGCAUUUAGCGUCAGUUACACCACCGAAAAAUCCAGAAAGUGUCUUGACUGAUUCUAAUAUGUACGCAAAUUUACCUUUUCAAGAGUCAAAACCGGCGAUUGAGACAAACGAAUCAAGUGUAGCAACAAGCUACAGAUACCAGACAGCCCUGUAUAAGUUCAACAAUCCUUUUUUGGGUCCGCUUCCCGAUGAUUUUCUGAGAAUCAUGAAUGAUGCGACUUUCGACCGAGACAUGAAGUACUCACACGAGAGAAGGAAGCAAGUUGACGACAUCAAAAAUGAGAGGCUUAAACCAACUCAUUACAUCAGUGACGGUAAAUUCAACCCUGAAAACGAUUUUGGGCGUGUGAUCGCUCCUGCUCCGUCUGCUGAUAUAGGAUCUGCUGCUAGUGCAUGGAGUGAACCGGAUCGUCGAGUGGAGCCGCCUUCUAAUCCACCAACAAUGAAUCCUGCCACUGGGGCGAUUCCGAAAAAUUACAACAAAAGCUGGUCUGGAACUGCACGCAACACGAUUUCCACCUUUGGAAAGAAACUAACUUCACGCAACACUUCAGCCGCAUCUUCUACUCUUGGUGCUAACCCCUCCCACCCCCACCCCCAGACAAAUCUAGGAAAGAACAAGGGGGUUACUCCUUCAACUAUGAACCUCCUGGCGGAUUCCGAUGAAGAAGACGAGGACCCGAAUGGUCCGCAGGAUGAUGACCUCUUGACCUCACUAGGUAUGUCGGGGUCAAAUUCUGGUGGCGUGGGAACUGUUUUUGAAAACAGUGACGAAGACGAUAAAGACGAUAAUAACUGGAGCUCUCAAAUGAGUCAUCAAACUUCGACAGCAGGAAGAGGCUGGUCUCUUUCGGCUUCCAAAUUCAAUGGGAGCAGUCGACCUUCCCCAAACAGAUCUUCAAUCAAUUAAUAUUUAAGUUGCCAGAUCUAAAAUUGAUUAAUGAUAGAUUUAUUAUAUAUUCGGAACUACUGAGAAUCGAAU